GCACAGGCAGAGCUACAACAGCCAAUUUCUGCAAAUGAACUUAUUUUACCCAGAAAUUUUGAGGUCCAAGGUUAUACUCCAAUCACUGUGCCAGAUGAAUGGGUUAAGGGAACAGAGCUACAAGUUCCUACCAACAUCAUCAGUGUUCCAUCAGUUGUAGGAGUGUAUGACCAGAUCAUUCAUCUACCAACCCAAACAAUCUAUGGGGAUGGUAAUUACUACCAGAGUGCAUACUCACCUCUGGUGACACCCACACCUAAUGUGGCAACAACUGGACUAUCACCUGAUUAUCCCCAGAGGUGUUCUGCUGCUCAGUUUGAAACAUGGAGUCUGAGCCCACAGAGUGUACCCACUUUUGUGGCACCAGUGGAGGCACAAACAAAAGCUAAACCAAAAAAGUCAAGGAAAAGGACUCCUAAAAAUGUUUCUCAAGGACAAUAUGCAGAUAUAAAUACGGGCAAACAUUUGACUUCCAACAGAUCAGUGGCAAAAGGGAGUAGAAAUUUGGCUAAUAUGGAUGUGAGACCCAUGCAGCAGACCACUGGGAAUCAAAUGGAAGCAACUUUGCACCAGACCCACAGUCAGAAUUCUGCCCAAUCCUCUGUCACUCAGAAAGGUGGCAAGAAAGAAGUCAAACGCAUUGUUGUUCCACCCAAAAUUCAAACAGACCCAGUAGAAUAUCCUCCAUAUGUUGCCAGAAUUAUGAGGAUCCUGAACAGACAAAAACAGGGUCAUGGGGAAUCUACUGAUGAUAAAAAGGAAAGUGUUGAUUCCACACCCAAACAAAUGACCACUGCUGGUAGAAAUGAUAAGGACAGAUCUGAUUCUACUCCUAAACAAGCUACCACUCCUGACAAAAAAGCAACAAAAACCGUGGAUUCAAGCCUUAAACAUAAGGAACCACCAAGUGUUGUAUCAAUAUCUUCAGUGCCAUCAAAGCAGUCUGCAUUGGAACAAAAGCAUAAAUCCUUGUCUGGUAGUGUUGUCCAGAAGGUCAUUGCGAAAAGUAGCCAAUUGAAAUCUGGGUCCAGAAAAGAGCCAACAUCUAUCAGAAAGACACUCACAGAGGACUACAGACCAGUGGUUAACACAGGCCUGUUACUAGAUGACUUGUUACCUAACAGUUUUACACUGUUGGAAGCAGACAAUUUCUAUGGACCAGAGAUUCUUGUCACUUCUGACUCUCACUGCUUUGUGGCGUCUGUGCCUUUCUUCUAACUGGACAAUGGAGACUUCUGAAUGUGGAGAGUGUGGACAUUUAGUGAUGGAACAUUCUCUUAGUGAACUCAAACCGCAGUCUUUCAUUAAAG